GUGCUCCUUCCAGUUGCCAUAGCGACUCCAUUCCCCAAACCCCAUCGCCUGUCUCCUCUCGCAGCCUCCACAAUGGUACAGCCAGCAUCAUCAUCAUCACCAUCACGCCGCACAGUGCUGCUAGUGCUAGCUCCAGUGACUAACUGAGAGAGGUGAUUCAGCAGCAGCAGCAUCCUGUGUAUGCCCGGCCGCCCGCAGCCCCACCACCUCCCGCUUCUUCUGUGUGUUACUAUAGAGAGAGAGAGAACUGCCAUUACCCUAGCCGUGCACCCCAGCCCCAAUCCGGGGUCCUGCUAUAUCACCUGGCUAUCACUCACUACUCAAUCUCACCCCCCCUCCCCCCCACCCGUCAUUGGCGUCUGGAAUGAGGUGUAAGAGAGCCACAUAGAGGAGCAGCAUCUGGAGGCGCAGCUCUAGCCCAGGAUCCUCACGUUGCAGGCACGGAAUGGUUCAGGGCUGCAUCCACCGAAAAUCAAUUCUUCGUCCCCUUCUGAUAUCUCUGUGAGGCAUCCAGGGAUCAGAUUCAAUACACUAAGAUAUGUGCAAGUGAAAGUAUUUGCUUAGAACUGAAAAAUUCAACCUUCAGUUUAAAGGUCAUCUGCAGGUAUUUAUGAGCCGACAUUUCUUGUACAACUGCAGUGAACCUACCCUGGAUGUGAAAAUUGCCUUUUGUCAGGUGUGUGUUCCAUACAGGUAAAACAAGGGAUUCGGUAAUCAAGUGGAUGUGUCAUAUAUUGCCAAACAUUACAACAUGAGCAAAAGCAAAGUUGACAACCAGUUCUACAGUGUGGAAGUAGGAGACUCGACCUUCACAGUUCUGAAACGCUACCAGAAUCUCAAGCCCAUAGGAUCUGGGGCUCAGGGAAUAGUUUGUGCUGCUUAUGAUGCUGUGCUUGAUAGGAAUGUGGCUAUUAAGAAACUCAGCCGACCAUUUCAAAAUCAAACACAUGCCAAACGGGCAUACAGGGAACUGGUUCUAAUGAAGUGUGUAAAUCAUAAAAAUAUUAUCAGUUUAUUAAAUGUCUUUACAUCACAGAAGUCUCUUGAGGAGUUCCAAGAUGUUUAUCUAGUCAUGGAAUUAAUGGAUGCCAACUUGUGCCAGGUGAUUCAGAUGGAACUAGAUCAUGAGCGAAUGUCUUACCUGCUGUACCAAAUGCUAUGUGGAAUUAAACAUCUUCAUUCAGCUGGAAUCAUACACAGGGAUUUAAAACCAAGUAAUAUUGUUGUGAAAUCAGACUGCACCUUGAAGAUUCUUGACUUUGGAUUGGCAAGGACUGCUGGCACUAGCUUCAUGAUGACCCCAUAUGUAGUAACACGUUAUUACAGAGCACCAGAAGUCAUUCUUGGAAUGGGAUACAAGGAAAAUGUGGAUAUUUGGUCUGUGGGAUGCAUUAUGGGAGAAAUGGUCCGCCACAAGAUCCUCUUUCCAGGAAGGGACUAUAUUGACCAGUGGAACAAAGUUAUAGAGCAGCUGGGAACUCCGUGUCCAGAGUUCAUGAAAAAACUUCAACCAACAGUUCGGAAUUAUGUGGAAAACCGACCUAAAUAUGCCGGACUCACAUUCCCCAAACUUUUCCCAGACUCUCUAUUUCCAGCAGAUUCAGAGCAUAAUAAACUCAAAGCCAGCCAAGCAAGAGACCUUUUAUCAAAGAUGCUCGUCAUUGAUCCAGCAAAGAGAAUAUCAGUAGAUGAGGCUCUACAACACCCCUACAUAAACGUUUGGUAUGAUCCUGCGGAAGUUGAGGCGGAACCUAUGAGGGAGAGAUGGAAUGGACAGCCAGUCAAAACACAGAAUAAUGAAAAGCCUCCACCUCAGAUUUAUGACAAACAGUUGGAUGAAAGGGAACAUACGAUUGAAGAAUGGAAAGAGCUCAUCUAUAAGGAAGUUAUGAACUUUGAAGAAAGAACAAAAAAUGGUGUAGUAAAAGGACAGCCGUCUCCUUCAGGUGCAGCAGUGAACAGCAGUGAGAGCCCCCCUCCGUCCUCAUCUGUCAACGAUAUAUCCUCCAUGUCCACCGACCAAACACUGGCAUCUGACACAGACAGCAGCCUUGAAGCUUCCGCAGGUCCCCUCGGUUGUUGCAGGUGACUAGCCGCCUGCCUGAGAAACCCUACCUUCUUCAGAGGAUGACGUGAUUGGGAAAAAAAAUCAUUAUAGCUAUAUAAUUGCAAGAAAGGAAGUAGAGAGUCAAAUAUUUCCCUUCUAUCCUGCUUUCCUACAGAGUUAUGUCAUGCAGCUAAGCUCAAAUGUAUAUUUAACUUAUAGUUGCUCUGCUUUGGUCUUCUGGUUAUGCUUACUGCAAGAAAAAAAGGGUUAUUUCACACACACACACACACACACACACACACACACACACAAAACUCUGUUUGCAUAUAUUGUAAAAUUAAUGGCUGUGAAACCAGCAAGACCCAAUUUAUCUUUUCUCAUUAUAACAUGACAAAAAUGUGCAGUAGCCCUUCAAGCGUUUGCGUGUCCGUGUGACUGUAUGCGUGACCUGUACGUACUUUUUCAUCAGAAUUGUUUGAAUAUCUGUUUGAAACCCUUCCAUCUUUCCUGAAUGAUGGAUGUAGAUAACCUCACACUUGUACAUCAGAUGUACUGUAUACAUGCAAGCAUAUAUGUAUAUUAAAAGAAGAAGAAAAGAAAAAACUCACAACUGUACAGUAGUUAUUACAUAGAGCAGUAUAUAUAGUAAUAAAGGGCCUGUUUUGUGUUAGCUACAUAAAUUGUUGCUGUAAACUUACGCUAGCAUAUAAGAUGUUAAGUUCAUACAUUUGUCAAAUUGUGGAAAUAAAAUAAAAAAUAAACUUUGUAUCCUAUAACAAGAACGCAUCUUUAGCAGAACCGAGCAUGAUGGCUAAUUAGUCAUAAUUACACGGAUCAUGCAAAAACACAAACUAUCCAAAUAGUUGUUCACAGUUCUAAUAGCUAUUUAUUUUUUUACAUGCACAAUAUUUUUUAUUUCAGACCAGAUGUGCUGAAUUAAACCAGCAGUUGAGCUAAAGUAAACUUGUAUACAACUGUAUAUUUUAGUUUAGGGAUUGUUUCCUUUGUAGAGUACAGGAGUAGUAACAAUUUAGGCUUUGCAGUAACCCACUAGAGAGCAGGUUGUGCCAAUGAGAUCCACACACAAGCAACCGCCUCGUAUGAAUUGCUUAGAAUGCAGCACAGAUAGUAAACUUGUCAUUGGGUUGUAUGGUAUAGUGACAUACUGUAUGGUAAUAUUUUACACAUGUUUUCUUCAUAUUUUGUGAUACAAUAUUAGCCAUCUUUCAAGUUAAGUUUGUAUUGAACCUGCGAUAAUAAGAUCCGGUGAGGAUGGUGUUCUUUGGAUAUUACUGAGAUAACAAAUGUUGAGAGCUGAAAACAUUUUUUUUUGCAUUAUUAUUUAUGUAUUAUGCAUCAGGGAUGAAAUGUACCAUUGCUAUGUUUUAUGUUUUAAUCCUCAGGAGAAUAACACUUUGGAGUCUUAUCCUGUUUAUUGACUUAACAUGUUUUGUUAGAUGUUGGCAUUUUGUAGACUGGCUAUAAACAUCUGCAAAAUAAACUUUAAUCACUGAAAUCUCACUAGAGAAAAUAAGGUUGGACUAGAUUGGUACAAAUGACUGAUUGGAAACUCUUUUGUUUUUCUUUAAAUGUUAUGUGUUAUUAAGAGUUCUCAGACUUUAUGCUUCAUUUUCAUUUCACAUUUACAAAUUGCAAACAAAAAAUUAAAAGGUCAGACUUGUUGAA